UUGUGUAGGGAGAGGAUUUAUGAAGGUUCUUGUCUUUAUUUAUUCAAGACUUUUAUUUUUCGUCCUUGUUCUCAUUUUUUGACUUUCUGUGAUAUUUCCUCGAUGUGUGGAAUGAUUAAGUGGGUCCAGGACUUCUGUGGCUUAGGCAGUGAAAGUGAGAAAAUCAAGGGCACCCCUGUCAGAAUCCUGCGCAAAGUGAAGAAAAGCAAGCAUAAAGGGCAAGACUCCAGCAAUGGAAGACAGUACAAAAACUGUUGGUCAACUCCCAAUCCCUUGAAGUGGUCACCCAACUAUCCUGAUGGUCAUGUGUCUGGUUCAGAUGAUGAUGAUUUCACAGCAUGUUCAACAUUCCCUGCUGUUUGGCCUAAGCCUGAGAACAGAGUUGGAAAUGGGAAACAUGAACAAAAGCUUGUCCCUGUCACCUUGGUGUUAGUGGCUAAUGAUGAGGAUGACAGUCCUCUGGUGGUUGGUGCUAUAAAGUUUGAGGAUGAAGCUGGAGUUCUACACACCAUCAGUCCAACAGAUGCAUGGGACAUUGCCAAAGAAUACAGUAGAAGGAAAGAUCAGCUCUCCAAAUACUCCAACAAAGACAUUAUGGGCUAUAUUCUAAGGGUGUUGAAGAGGAGGGGUAUCAGUGGAAUGUCUUCCAGCAUUAAGAAGAGCCCUAUGCCAGGCUUAUGCCCUUUCCUUGACAUGGGCUUCGGAUUUUGCACAAAGGUUGGUGGGCAUCUAUCCCAAGAACCAAAAAUGCGGAUUGUUGCUCUGUUAUUAUAUAUUAAUUUAUCUCCAAUGGUGAUGGUGAUGCCUCAUGGUGAUGUGUAA